CUGCGCUAACCUGGUGACGCAGAUCGUUUGAUGUUUGUGCCCCUUUCAAGACAGCGGAUCCUCGGGCUCUGCCUAAACUCCGACGACGGGCUAGCAAGCUCCCCGGCCCCCAAGUCUAAGCCGCACACGCUUUGCUGUUUAUUCCCGAAGCUUGCGAGAGACUCACCAACAAAACAAAAGCAUAUGUACAAUCUCUUUCCUUUGAUGCAUUUGAUUCUGUGUACAUUUCCUGUAACCGCUUGCUCUCUCACUCAGUCAUUAUGGGACCACGCAAGGCUGAAAAUAAGAGCAGUUCAAUGCCACCAGGGCAGGACGAAAAGCCGUCUCCUGACACCAACGCCAAGUCUACUUCUGAGCGAGAGGCUAAAUUUCAAGACUAUUUGCGAGUAUUCAAGUAUGCCACAAAAUGGGACUUUGUGGCCUACGCUGCUGGAACAGCUGCCUCGAUCGGCGCUGGCGUAACUCUCCCUUUGCUCAAUAUUGUCUUUGGGCAAUUUGCUAGCAGGUUCUCUGACUAUGCUGGUACCGGAACACUUCCUGAAAGCGAGUUUAAGUCGACGUUGAAUGAACUUUCCUUAUACCUACUCGGUCUAUUUCUCGGUCGCCUCGUUCUCAGUUACAUCAACAAGUUCGCAUUUCGUAUGAUCGGUAUCAGAAUCUCUUCCGCCAUCCGACAAGAUUUUCUCACAGCUCUAUUUUCCCAAAGCGUCCACGUACUAGACUCGAUGCCUCCUGGAUACGCAACGACAGUCAUUACAUCUGCGAGUAACACCCUGCAGCUGGGAAUAUCCGAGAAGUUGGGUGUUUUUGUUGAGUUCACCGCGACAAUGAUUUCAUCUAUCAUCAUUGCUUUCAUCUUCAGCUGGCAGCUUUCUCUCGUCACAUUCACUGCAGUCGUCUUUAUUCUACUCAGCGUCCGCGUGCUGCUCCCUUUCAUUACCAAGGGUCAGACGCGUCAAGGCGAGUCCGAAUCCAAGGCGGCUUCUGUUGCAAGCGAGGCUUUGAGUAGCAUUCGGAUGGUAGUAGCCUAUGGUGCUGAAUCUCGAAUUGGCAACAAGUAUGGUCAAUUUGUUGAAGAGGCCAAGAAACAUGCACGAUUCGUGAGCCCGUUUAUUGGUAUUCAAUUCGGCUUGGUGUUCUUUAGCAGCUAUGCCGCUUUUGCGCUGGCAUUUUGGUACGGAACCAGGCUUUUGCUCGAAAACGAGAUCAACGAGCUUGGAGCCAUUAUUGUUGUUUUGUUUUCCGUCAUGAUGAUAGUGACUUCGAUGGAGCGAAUGUCCACACCAGUUCUUGCGAUUAGCAAGGCCACAGUUGCCGCGGGCGAAUUCUUCACCGUCAUCGAUGCACCCCGGCCUGACCCUGGGCACCUGACAGAUCCAAUCGUAUCUGCCUCCGAGGACAUCGUCUUGGAAGACGUCACUUUCGCUUAUCCCAGCCGGCCACAUGUCAAGAUUCUGGAUAAUCUCAACCUACGACUUGAACGUGGUAAGGUCACUGCCAUUGUAGGACCUUCUGGCUCUGGCAAGAGCACGAUUGUCGGCCUUAUUGAACGGUGGUACAGUCUGAAGGGCCAACCCGGUAUCCCUCAAAUCGUCGAGAAAAAGCCCGAACGGACCCAAGAGAACGCCGACACGGAAGAGGAGUCUGGUUCACCUGUUCAACUCCAUGGCACUGUUUCUACUUGCGGCCACAGUCUGGACGACAUCAACCUCCAGUGGUGGCGAUCACGAGUCGGCCUUGUUCAGCAGGAACCGUUUCUCUUCAAUGACACUAUCUAUAAGAAUGUCGCCCAUGGUCUCGUCGGGACCCGGUGGGAGAAUGAACCAGAGGAAAUAAAGCGAAGGAUGGUCCGAGAAGCUUGCAAAGAAGCCUUUGCCGACGAGUUUAUCAGUGAACUCCCAGAUGGUUACGAUACAGCCGUCGGCGAAAGUGGUGCCAAAUUCUCCGGUGGCCAACGUCAGCGAAUUGCCAUUGCCCGCGCUAUCAUCCGCCAGCCUGCUAUUCUCAUCCUCGAUGAAGCCACCAGCGCAAUCGACGUCCGAGGUGAGCGAAUAGUGCAAGCAGCGCUAGACAGGGCCUCCAAGAACAGAACGACAAUUACAAUCGCCCAUCGCCUCUCCACCAUCAGGAAGGCAGACAGAAUCGUUGUUUUGAGACAGGGACGGCUUGUCGAAUCGGGCACUCAUGAGAGUCUCCUCGAAGACACAAACGGUCUUUACUACAGCCUUGUCAAUGCUCAAGCUCUAUCCCUGGGAGAUACCACGGAUGACGUUGGGGUCCCAAUCAAGGAAGAGUUGCCAUCUCCUGUACGUGAAAAGAGCCACGCAGACUCCGCGAUGCAAGACAAAGAAGAACAGAAAAGUGAGAAGCAGAGGAAUCUGUUUUCUAGCUUUGGACGAUUCUUUUACGAGACUCAAUCCAUUUGGUGGAUUAUGGCUCUGACUCUGUUCUUUUCUGCCUGCGCAGGCGCCGCCAUCCCCUUCCAAGCUUGGCUAUUCGCCAAGGUCAUUGUCGUGUUUAGAUACCUCCCUGAUUCUGGGAAAGUCAGAGACGAAAGUGAGUUUUGGUCGCUUAUGUGGACAGUUCUGGCCAUUUCGUCAGGUAUCAGCUACUGUGCCACGUUUCUGCUAUCUACUCGCACUGCUAGCACCAUUCGUGCCAAGUACCAAAAGCAGUACUUUCUGUCUAUCCUGUAUCAACAGAUCUCUUUUUUCGACGACGACGAUCACUCUCAAGGCACCAUGACUGCACGGAGCUCGGGCGAUCCACAACAGCUUGAAGAGCUCCUGGGUUCCAACAUGGCCAGUGUGUAUGUUGCCUUAUGGACACUGACGGGGACUAUCGCUAUUGCCUUUGCCUUUGCUUGGAAGCUAGCUCUUGUGGGUCUUUGCGUCGCUAUUCCUAUUCUUCUUGGUUCUGGCUACUGGCGACUGCGUUACGAAAUCAGAUUCGAAGAAAUGAACAAUGCCGUCUUCGCCGACAGCUCCAAUUUUGCCUCUGAAGCAAUUGGGGCGUUCCGAACAGUGUCAUCUCUUACACUCGAAGGUGUCAUUUGCGAUCGAUUCCGCAAUCUCAGCAGCAGCCAAGUCAUAGAUGCUUACAAAAAGUCUCGCUGGGUGAGCUUGUUAUUUGCCUUCUCAGAUAGUGCAACUAUCGGAUGCCAGGCACUGGUACUCUACUAUGGGGGUCGCCUACUGCUGAAGGGCGAGUACAACCUCGAGAGUUUCUUUGUGUGCUUUAUAUCUAUCUUGAACGCGGGCGAGACCACAGGACGAGCACUCAGCUUCGGCCCCAACAUUGCACAAGUCAGUGCAGCGGCCAACCGGAUCCUGAGCCUGAGGAGCAGUCAAGUGAAAGACGACCCUUGUGUGAGUGGCGAGUUGUUUAAGUCUGAUGGCGACGGCAUGAAGAUUGAACUGGAUAACAUCCACUUCAAGUAUCCUACACGAGACGUGCCAGUCUUCAAGGGACUUAGUCUCACUGUGGAAAAGGGCCAGUUUGCAGCCCUUGUUGGUGCAUCGGGAUGCGGAAAGUCAAGCAUCAUUUCUCUUCUCGAAAGAUUCUACAAUCUUGAUCAUGGUCGCAUCCUGUGUAAUGGCCAAGAUAUUGCUGCCAACAACGUCUACGCAUACCGCAGUCGCCUCUCACUGGUGGCGCAGGAGUCUAGCUUGUUCCAAGGUUCACUUCGGGAAAACAUUCUUCUUGGGGUCGACGAGUCCACCAUCACAGACGAGAGACUCCACCAAGUAUGCCGCGAAGCAUCUAUCCACGACUUCAUCGCGUCUCUUCCGGAAGGAUACAACACUCACAUUGGCUCGCGCGGAGUGACUCUGUCAGGAGGGCAGAGACAGCGUGUAGCUAUUGCACGGGCUCUUAUGCGUAACCCUGACAUCUUGUUGCUUGACGAGGCUACUAGUUCGCUAGACUCGGAGAGUGAGAAGCUGGUACAGGCAGCAUUUGAACGCGCUGGCAAAGGGCGGACAAUGCUUGCUGUUGCCCACCGGCUUGCAACAGUACAGAAUGCCGAUGUCAUCUUUGUCCUUGGGGAUGGCAAGUUGCUCGAGAAGGGGAAUCAUCACGAUCUUCUUGCCAAGCGUGGUGUUUACUGGCAAAUGUGUCGAAGCCAAGCUCUCGAUAAAUAGACGUCUUGAUUUCUCGUGGGUUGGGCAUCUGAUGGAUCGAGGUAUCUAUACCUAGCUUUUAUUAUGUAUUAUUUAUCUUAACUCAAAUUGAC